AUGGCUACCAAAAAAAAGCAAAGAAAAACGGAAGAUGAAAACCGCGAAUUUAAAGUUGAGUGGACCGAGAAUUUUGCGUUCAUUCAAAACUUGAAUGGACUUCCGACAUGUCUUAUUUGUAAGGAGAAAUUCGCGCAUAACAAAAAGUCAAAUUUAGAGAGACACUUUACAAGAAAGCACGCGUCAUUUAGCACUAAAUAUCCUACCGGUGAUGCAAGAAAGAAAGCAGUUCAGGAACUUCAGAAGAGUCAAGAGUCGUCAACUUCUGUGUUUAAUAACUGGAUGCAAUCUUCCAGCAAUAUUAAUAUGGCAAGUUUUGUUUUUAGCCAAGAGAUUGCUAAGAGAGGGAAACCGUACACAGACGGCGAAUACAUAAAAAAAUGUCUUAUAAAUGCAUCCGAAGAGCUAUUUCGGGAUUUUAAGAACAAAGCAGAUAUUCUGAAAAGAAUUAAAGAGUUACCAUUGUCUGCCAAAACCAUUAAAGAUAGAACAAUUAAAAUGUGUUCAAAUAUAACCACCCAGAAUAUCGAAGAUCUAAAAUUAGUUUCGGCUUUAUCAAUAGCAGUUGACGAGUCUUGUGACAUAAAUGAUACAGCGCAAGUUUCACUUUUUGUAAGAUUUAUGUCUCAUUCAGGCCCUAAAGAAGAACUUUUAGGAUUAUUGCCACUCAAAGGUCAGACGCGUGGAGAAGAUAUCGCAAAUGCUGUAAUUGAGUGUAUGGAUAAACAUCAUAUUCCCCUCGAUAAAAUUGUGUCGAUUUCAACAGAUGGGGCCAAAAGUAUGACCGGCGUGAGAAAAGGAUUUGUUGCUAUUUUGAAAGAAAAAAUUAAUCACGAGAUACUUGUUUACCAUUGUAUCAUUCACCAAGAAGCGCUUUGUGCGAAAACAUUUCCGGAUGAAAUUUGUAAAGUUAUGGAAUUAGUGAUUACCAUUAUCAACUCCAUUUUAGCUAAAGCUCUUAAUCAUCGCCAAUUCAAAGAAUUUUUAUUUGAAAUGGAGAGUGAGUACGCUGAUCUUCUGCUUCAUAACAAGGUACGUUGGUUAUCAAAAGGAAACGUUUUAAAACGUUUCGCGUCCCUUUUUCCGGAAAUUAAAGCAUUUCUCCUUGAGAAGGGCGUUCACUAUCCAGAACUAACAGACGAUCAGUGGAUCCAAAACUUUUAUAUUAUGGUAGACGUUACCUCUCAUCUAAAUCAGCUUAAUCGUAAACUACAAGGGAAAGGAAACUUAAUUUUAUCGAUGUUAGAAGAAGUAAUAACAUUCGAAAACAAAUUAUCCAUUUUUGCUCAGGAUUUUGAAAGGGAAACAUUAUUUCACUUUCCGAGCCUGCUGAAGCAUCGUCAGGAAAAUAAUUCCUCUAUUGAUAAACAGCAUUUUAAAACAAUAAUUUUAAAUAUGAGGGAAACAUUUCUCAGCAGGUUUCAGGAAUUUAAAAACAGCAGAGCAACUUUAGCAUUUGUCAAAAAUCCUCUUAAUGCUACGAUAACCGAGUUGAAGUUUUCUCCUUUUGAAAUUGACAUUGGUAGCUUUGAAAUACAAUUGCAGGAUUUAAAAAACAAGGAGAUAUGGCGCUCUAAAUUCGAACGUCUUUGUGUUGAAUUGGAAAUUUUGGAGAAGAAAAAAUGUGAUCUUAGUUCACAACACAAGUGGUCUGCUUUGAAUGACCUGGAGAAGGAAGAAAUGAUUAUUUUCAACGCUUGGAAUAGUAUUCCUGACUCUUACGAUCAGCUGAAAAAGCUCGCUUUUGCUGUUCUUUCUCUUUUCGGUUCCACAUAUAUAUGUGAACAAUCUUUUUCAAGCAUGAAUAUUAUCAAGAGUAAACUGAGAAGUCGUCUUAUUGAUGAGAACUUGGAAUCAUGCCUAAAAUUAAAAACAACAACGUACAAACCUGACUUACUCAAACUUUCCAAGGAGAUGCAAGCACAUUGUUCUCAUUAA